AUGCCGGCUAACAACCAGGACAGUGAGCUCCCUGCCGAGCAGCGUCAGGCGUCCAGAACCCCCACAGUUUCGUCGAAUACCCAUGUAUCUGCCCAGGUGACGACAGGUGCCGAUGUCGAUGCUGUGGACGUGGAGAAGGCGCAGGAUGCAAGCAAGUUGCGGGGUGGUGAGGGACUGUCCGCUUUUCCUGAGGAUAAGAAGGAGGAAGCCUUGGAAAACGCCGAGGAUGACUGGGCGCAUGAUCCCAUUAAUCCCAGGAAUUGGUCAACACGCAAGAAAUGGACUAUGGCCUGCAUCGUGUCAUUGUACACAUUUGUCACCCCAUUAGGAUCGUCUAUGAUGGCCCCUGCGCUCCCGGACAUUGCUGAACAUUAUCACAUCACGAGCAAGACUGAAGUUGCUGCCACGCUCAGUGUGUUUCUGGCGACGUUCGCGAUUGGACCUCUGUUCCUCGCGCCAAUGUCAGAGAUCUACGGUCGUACAUGGGUGCUGCACAUCAAUAACCUCUUGUUCCUGGCUUUCAUGUUUGGAUGUGCUUAUGCCCCAACGGCCGCGGACUUGAUUGGCUUCCGUAUUCUAGCCGGAUUCGCAGGCAGCGCACCGAUCGCGUGCGGUGGCGGCUCCAUCAGCGACUUGUUCUCAGAAAAGGAGCGUGCGUCUGCUAUGGCCAUCUACACGCUGGGACCGCUAUUGGGGCCUGUCAUUGGCCCAGUAGCCGGAGGUUUCAUCGCGCAGACUAUUGGCUUCAAGUAUAUAUUCAUCGUCGUUGCGGGUCUCUGCGCUGUCGCAGCCGUCGUCGGUAUCCCCUUCCUGCGAGAGACGUAUCAUCCCGUCAUCCGGCUGCGUCGCGCGAAGAAGUCCGGAGAUCCGGAGGCCCUUGCCCGGCUGCAUCCCCAUCUCGUACAAGAGCAUGGUAACCGUAUGCAUCGUUUGAUGUAUGGAAUCUACUACCUCAUGUUCGCCAUCUUCCCGGAUGUUUUCACUGGCAUCUACGGUUUCAGCGUUGGUGUGGGUGGUCUGGCUUACAUCGGGCUCGGUGUUGGAUUUUUCCUCGCGACGCUGUUCGGUGCAUGGGUUUCCGACGGCAUAUACUCUAGGCUGGCCAGGAAACAUGGCAAAGGCAAGCCUGAAUUCCGGAUCCCAUCCCUCAUAUUCGGCUCCUUUUUCGUACCUAUUGGCGUGUUUUGGUACGGAUGGUCGGUGCAAGCCCGUAUCCACUGGAUCAUGCCAAUCAUCGGUACCGGUAUUUUCGGAUUCGGGAUGAUGACAACCUUCCUGCCUAUCCAGCUCUACCUCGUCGACACCUUUACGUUCGCAGCAAGCGCCUUAGCCGCCGCAUCAGUCUUCCGGUCGAUGCUCGGUUUCGCGUUCCCCCUGUUUGGCAGCCAGAUGUUCGAUGCUCUCGGCAUCGGAGGAGGGAACUCCCUUCUUGCAGGGUUGGCCAUCGCGCUCGGCAUUCCAUUCCCGGUUUGGCUGUGGUUCUAUGGCGAGAAGAUGCGUGCCAGCAGCUCAUUGGCUCGAUAACGCGUUGCUCUAUGACUGCUACCACCUCCAAGCCGCGCGCCGCACUCGUCCAUCUACACGGCGUCAAGACGGCUUGCUUCGCUGCCAAGGUGUAGGUGUACCCCUUACGAUAGACGUAACGUAUCUAGCCCAAAUCCUUUCGCUUCCCUCUCACGACACGCACGGUGCUACCUUAACUAUCUACUAUUAUACCACCUUCACAAUGCCACUCGUUUAGUACGAAGCCUUAAAGGCCGUGUGGUGACACCGUUCAAAUAGCAAUUCGUGCAGUUAUGCCUUUUAAUUGCUUAUAGAUCCCGACCGGACUCAGGUUCCUUCCGCGUUCGUCCUGUAUGCUAUCAUACUGCUCGUGAUGCCAUCGUGCUCGUAUCGUAUCGGUUUCGAUACUGUAAGCUUUAUAUUGGUUUGCUUACAACUAUC